AGUUAUACCCACACUCUUUUUGCUCUUCUGUGCGUAUACGCGCGUGAGACAGAGAACACAAGAAAAAAAAAAAAACAUCAAAUCUUUGCUACUUCUCUUUGGUCGUAUCCGUAUAUAUGUUCUUUCUUAUAAGCAAAAAAUAAUCGCUUUCAUAAACUCAGAUUUGUUUCUCUUUUGUUUCCAAUGGUGGAAGAAGACAAGUGAUGUGUGUUCUGUUCUUGGAGUUUAUUUCUCUUCCUUAUGAUUCAUUCAUCAAUCUGAGAAGAUCAAUAUCAAAUCUCUGUUUCUUCCUCUGUCUCUCUUAAGUCAAAACCCAUUCUACUUCUUCUUCUCUUUGAGAUCAGUCACAAAGUUGAGCUUUGUUACAGAAGAUUCCUAGUGAGACACAAGAAAAUGCAGAGACAGAGACAUAAGCGUUCUAAGAGUUGUACUGUUCCUGAAAAGAAAAAGCUUGAAGAUGAGAAUAGCAUUGACUGUUCUCUUAAUGCUUCUCAACGCCUCAAGCUCGACUUACCUCGUUGCGGUGAAACGAAGAAGGAUCUAUCCCCGGAUGUAAAAUUCAAGAGCUCUUUGAAGCAAGAGAUUCAAGAGCUUGAGAAAAGAUUGCAAAACCAGUUUGAUGUCCGCGGUGCGUUAGAGAAGGCAUUAGGCUAUAAGACACCUUCUCGAGACAUCAAAGCUGACUCAACACCAAAGCCUCCAACAGAAUUGAUCAAGGAAAUCGCAGUGCUGGAAUUGGAAGUUUCACAUUUGGAACAGUACCUUCUAUCUUUGUACCGUAAAGCAUUUGAUCAACAAACAUCUUCUUUAUCUCCACCAACAUCGAAACAACAUAGCUCGACUUCACCUAAGUCCACUCUCAGAGGAAAACGUCUAGACUUCUCAACAACACCUGAUGAAUCUCGGUGUUUCUCCUUUGACAACAGACUGAAGAGUCCACACUUGGUUGAGAAGGAACUAGAGUCUCCUAACAUUAGAUGCAGACAAGAAAGCUUAGCCACGCAACCUCGGUGUUUCUCGUUUGACAAUAGACUGAAGGAACCUGGUUCUGCUGGUCGAACAUUCAACCAAGAAAACUCAAGAAUGGAUUCUCAGUGUUUCUCCUUUGACAAUAGAGUGAAGGAACCUGGUUCUGCUGCUCGGCAGUUCAAUCAAGAAAACUCAACAAUUGAUUCUCGGUGUUUCUCCUUUGACAAUAGACUAAAAGAUCAAUGUUUUGUUGAGAAGGAAGACAUUGAUUCAUGUGUUCGCCGUUGCCAAUCCUCUCUUAAUCAACGUUCCACCUACAAGAACCGAAUCUCUCCACCAGAAGACUCGGUAUUCGCUUGCCACUCCCAACCAUUGUCCAUACAUGAAUAUAUACAAAAUGGAUCAAAUGCUGCAAGCCUUGCAGAACACAUGGGAACUAGGAUAUCAGAUCACAUAUUUAUGACUCCAAACAAGUUAUCAGAGGAAAUGAUAAAAUGUGUAUCUGCUAUAUACUCUAAGCUAGCAGAUCCACCAUCGAUAAACCAUGGUUUCUCAUCACCUAGUUCAUCUCCAUCUUCAACAAGCGAGUUUUCACCUCAAGACCAGUAUGAUAUGUGGAGUCCAAGCUUCAGGAAAAACUCGUCUUUCGAUGAUCAGUUUGAGUUUAGCGGACCUUAUAACUCAAUGAUCGAAGUGUCACAGAUUCAUCGAAACCAUAGGAAAGGACGUGACCUUGACUUGAUGAAUCGAAACUUCAGCUUACUUAUUAAGCAACUGGAAAGUGUUGAUCCGAGAAAGCUCACUCAUCAAGAGAAACUUGCCUUCUGGAUUAACAUACAUAACGCACUUGUGAUGCAUACAUUUCUAGUAAAUGGUAUUCCACAGAACAAUGGGAAGCGUUUUUUACUGCUCUCCAAGCCAGCUUACAAAAUAGGAGGUCGCACGGUAAGCAUAGAAGCGAUACAAAGUUAUAUUCUUCGCAUCAAGAUGCCUCGUCCUGGCCAGUGGCUGAAGUUAUUACUUAUUCCGAAAAAAUUCAGAACAGGAGAUGAACAUCAAGAAUAUUCCCUUGACCAUUCUGAGCCUCUCUUAUUCUUUGCACUUUGUUCAGGCAACCAUUCAGAUCCUGCGAUUCGUGUUUAUACGCCUAAGGGAAUAUACCAAGAGCUAGAAACUUCAAAAGAGGAAUACAUCCGUGCAAUGUUUGGUGUGAAAAAAGACCAGAAGCUAGUCUUACCAAAGAUCAUUGAGUCUUUUAGCAAAGAUUCAGGUUUGAGUCAAGCGGCAUUGAUGGAGAUGAUUCAAGAAUGCCUUCCAGAGACAAUGAAGAAAACUAUAAAGAAACUUAACUCAGGGAGAUCCCGAAAGAGCAUUAUCGAAUGGACGCCUCAUAGUUUCGUGUUUCGGUAUUUGAUAUCCAGAGAACUUGUUAGAUGAAUAAUUCUUUAAAGGGUUUUGAUAUCAGGGUCUCAGUUUCUUGGUAAUGUUAUUGGUGAAGUAUAUAGGAGAAUGUAUUGUGGAGUGUAGAAAGUAGAAAUAGAAAUUAGAGGAAACACUGCCUGCCGUUUCUUGGUUACCAAUCCGGGAUGAUGUUUUGGCUCUUGUAUUGUCUUUUGUUGCAGAAGAAUAGACUAUUGUACAUACAACAAAAUCAAUUCCCUUAUUUAUUA